AUGUCUUUUUUUAUAUUUGAUUUAACUGAUGGUUUAGAACAAUCAAAUUUCAAUAUUUCAAAAAUUAAAACAAAACUUUAUCUCAAAGGUUUUUCUGUAUCUAAGACUUUGUAUGAAAAAUUAAACAAUUUAAAUAAUUUAAAUAAUACUUCUGAGAUUAUUAAUUCUAGUUUUACAUAUUACGAAUCUGUUUUAAUGUUGCAACACUUUUUAAAAGAUGAAAACUUUAAGUUAAGCAGUAGUAUUUUAUCAUAUAUUACUAGUAUUAUUUGGGAAUAUAUAGCACCAACAAUUAAGAAUAGACAUGAAAUCAUUUUGGAAGAAAUAAAAACAAAAUCAAAGAAGUUUCAAACAAGAGUUAAAAAAUCAAGAGCUUCAAAAAAAAAGUCUUAUGGAACAACACUUUUAACUCCUACUGCCACAUCUCCUACUGUCAUUUCUAAUACUACUAAUGAAAUUGUUAAAAAAGCUUCUGAGGUUUCUGUCUCCAGCUCUAAUUCUGAAAAUAUGGAAAAAUCUAAUACUGUAUUUGCUUCUACUUCUAGCAGUGGAUGUUCUGAGCAUGGUGAUAUUUAUAAUUUGAUUUGUAACAAAUGCAACUAUAAAAGUAAUGAUUAUGAUAAUGUUGGAUGGUUUCAAUAA